AUGCUUAUUGAAGUUGGUCUUACUUUAUAUAUUCUCUUGAUACAACAAGUUCAAGCUGAUGAGCUAUGUUAUUAUCGUAAUCAAACAACGAUUACGCCGAUUUAUUGUAAAAGUGCUUGUUGUUUUGGUACUCCUACUUCUCCACAAACAGCGUGUUGCUAUAGUAUCUCAUGGAGAUUCAUAGUACCUGUUAUCAUUAUUGUAAGUCUUUGUGCUAUAGCAUUUUGCUCAUUAUGUUCACGACCAUUUUUGAAACUUUGUGGUUCCGGAUGUAAAUUGCCUUUUGGAAGACAGUCUCGAGUUAUCAGAUCAUGUCCUACAUCAGUCAAUAAUAAUCCUGUUUAUACAAUCAAUAAUGAUGAUUUACCAGAUUAUGAAACAAUAAGCAAAGAUUCACUAGGAAAAGAUACAACACCACCACCUUAUAAUUUUGUUGCUGCACAUCCAACUGAUUUUGGUAUUGACACAGAUGCUCCAAGUGCACCCCCACAAUAUCGUCCAAGAUCUAGUACAGUAGCUACAAUAGAACCUAACGCACCUAUUUGA